AUGACAGUGGAGCUGGACAAACUGGACCAGUCAACUUCACUGAAUGGGGUCAAACAGAGGGAACAGAGCAAACACACACCAGAGCCAAGUCAGAAGGCACCAGUUUUAUUACCUGGUAGGUGUUUCCGAAGGGAGGCUGGGAAAUAUCCAACCUUCUAUUUCUAUUUUCUGUCUUCUGCUGAGGGACUUCUGAUGAUGGCAGGGGACAAGCUUUUGGACAUGUGGACAAGAGGAGAUUCAGAGAAGGAGCCUUGCAUAGGUCAAGACAGAGAACCUCAACCGUGUAAAAAAUUAUCCCAUUCCAUUGAGGAAAUUCUGAGGAGACCCACAUGUGUCAGAGAGGAGAGAAGAGUCGAUUGUGACUGGAGCGUGAUCAAGGAGAACAACCCAAUAUCUGAGCAGCUUUCAUGUGCAGAAAGUUCACAACUGAGGCUAGAUGAGGAGUCUCCAAAUGACAGAAGCCAGAGGAAGAAGAGGCAAACGAGGGUGACUUUUACGCCGUUCCAGGUGGAGGAGAUGGAGAAGGUUUUCCAGCAGAUGCACUACCCAGACGUAAACAGCAGAGACCAGUUAGCUUCUCGGCUGCACCUCACUGAGAGCAGAAUACAGAUUUGGUUUCAGAACCGCAGAGCCAAAUGGAGAAAGACCGAAACACUGAAGGAUAUAGAACUUAUGGCUCAACAUCAUAUUACUUCAGGUCAUCAUCAGCUGUUUUAUUAUGAGAAACCCCAGGUGCAUGCAGUGUGCUGGCUGCCCUGCUGCUUACCUAAACCCCUUCAGUCUAGAUUGUUCCUCAGAGCGACGUGGGCUCCCACUACGCUGACCUGCACUAACUGUCCAGAUCACAGGACUCUGCAUUUUGACCGUCUGGGAACAGACAGAUAGUGCACAUUCUUACAAAUAUUGACAUAAUGUUAAAGCUCUAUACAUGUCAUGUGGUCAAAGGUGAAGUGAUGAAUAUCUUGUGAUAUUCAACACUGUUGUUUAACUCUAUAUUCUGUAAAGUAUUGUUUUAUUGAUUUAUUUUCAGCUCCAAG